CUACUGCUGCAACAACAACUUUGGCAACAACAACUACUGCUGCAACAACAGGUCCUCCAACAACGGCUGAGUUUACAACAACUGCUGUAACAACAAUAUUUGUUGCAAAAACAACAACUGCAGUACCAACAACGGCUGAAGUUAUAACAACUGCUGCAGGCACAACAACAACAGUUUCUACAACAAUGACUGCUUCAACAACAAAAACUGCAGCAUCACCAACAGCUGUCACAACAACUACUGCCACAUCAACAACAGCUGCUGCAACAGAACAUGAAUAUACUGUGGCAGCAGAUAUGCCUAAAGAACCUUUUACAGAAGACCUUAAAGAUCGCAAUAGCACUGCAUUCAAAGAGCUUGAAAAACGAGUUUUACAGACGUGUUCUGUCAUAUACAAAGAAAGAUUUGGUGAUCGGUUUGACCACUGCCGUGUGAAAAGUUUCAGUCGUGCUCAAGGUACAAAUUCACGAGCGGAUGGAACUCAAGCAAACAUUGGGAUUGUGUUCAAACCAAGUACUCCACUUGCAGAACUCCCACAGAACAGUGUUGUUGUUCAAACUUUAGUAGAAGCUGUAAACAAUUCUAACAAUAGCUUCAGCGUGACCAUAAGUCCCUCUUCUGUUCAAGUGUUAGCAAGUCCAAUUCCAACAACUACUACACCUGCAACUACUGCGUCUGCAACUACCACACCUGCAACUACCACACCUAUGACUUCCACAUCUACAACUACCACAACUACCACUACCACAACUACCACUGUAGCAACUGUAAACAAAACAGUGAUUUUCAGAUCUCGUCUAGACACAUAUACCAGUGACUUGGAAAAUGCUUCAUCUCCAGCCUUUAAAAAUCGAGCUUCAAAUAUAAAGGCACAGGUAAGUCUCAGGUUCUGUAGGUACAUCUACUGAAUUAUUUACCUGAGAGCCCAAGUUCCUAUGCCAAUCAGAUCUUUA